AUGGGGAUCUGCGCUACCGAAACAAUCAAGGAAAGCCCGAUCAAAGACCAAAACAUUGAUAUACGCCUCAACCCCUCGCUUGGAAAAGCACGGUUUCUACAACAACAAUCUUUGGACGACUCUAUGCCAAGUCAAACAGCGAAUGAUGUGGAGAUUAUUGAGGGUGCAGAGAUUGAAAAUACACUUGAUUGGAGCUCAUGGAAUCCAACUAGUUUGCGGACGAAAAAAGCUAAUAAGCUGGAGGUCAAAUCAGAGCAGAAAAAAAAUAAGACCAUUCCCGAUUCCUAUCAUUUGUUUUGGGAGGAAGAAAACAAAAGGGCGGUAGACAAGCAUGCAAUGGCGAAAGAAAAGCAUACACUCGAAGUAAAAGAAGCUCAGAUGAAAUUAGAACUUUUGCAAAUAGAAAUUGAUUAUAAGAAACAUAGAAGUUCUAGUCAACUGCUUUAAUCUAUAUCUAUUUCUAAAAGUUAUAAUUUCAUAUUAGAUGUGGUGUUCUGCCGCUGCUUAUAUUGAGAGCAGAAGUUUUAUACUGCUUUUUCUUUCAAAGUUGCAAUUUACAAAAACCCUUUCUAGAAAUUUUAAUUACAAUGUUUAUAAUUGGUAUGAAAAGUUUAUAAAA